CGACCCGCUCCUCGUCCGCGUGGUACUGGCGGCGAAUGGCUGCACGACAUGGCUCCUGAAAUCCGUCGCGCCGUGCCUCGCGCCGUCUCAAAAAGCGUCCACGAGGACGCGCCCUCUGGCGCCACCAAGCUCAUGGUGUCAAAUCUGCACUACGAGCUUACCACCAAAGACCUCGCACAAAUCUUUGGGCAAGCUGGCACACUCGUCCGAGAGCCACUAAUCAGGUACGACCGAAGUGGCCGAUCGUCCGGUGUCGCCGUCGUCACGUACGAGACAUCUUCGGAGGCUGCAUCAGCAAAGACGAGGUUUGACGGGAAACUCGCGAAGGGCCAGCCAAUGUCGAUCACGUUUUACCAGCCUGCCGCGACUCCUCCGCGAAACCCCAGGAGGGGCGGGGCACCGACUUCUCUCAUGCAACGGAUAGAGAAGGCGCCCCUGCUGGAUCGUCUGAGUGGUGCACCGAAGUCGCAACCUGCACGGAACGGCACCGGCCCCAUCAGGAACAAAGCCCCUCGGCCGGCGCGCGUGCCCAAGAAACCCAAAACGCAAGGCGAACUCGACGCGGAGUUGGAUGCAUUCAUGAACGCGGACAUCCAGCCUGUCAAGUCGUCGGAUGCGCCCGCUGCGGCGGCUGACGCUCAGAAUGGAGACGUCGAGAUGGCUUGA